UUGGUCUACUGUGAUGUGUGACUUCUUGUUAGCUGUAUGUUGACUUGAAAGUUCAAAAGAAUGUUGGGGAUUUAUCUGUUUUUAGUGGUAAAUGUAGUUAUUUAAAACGACCACACGGGGACAUUGUAGACCAUCACAUUUUGAUGUUCAUCUUGGUUGCUUCAGGCUCCUCCCAGAUUCAGAGGAUGCUGAUGUUUCUCGGGGCUUUGUUACAAAGAGACGCAGUGGAAGAAUGGAUUGCGUGGCCAUCAUUUUGUCUGUUACCCCCUAAAGGAGAGGAAACUGGAUUCUGGCACUUUGCUUUCAUCCUGAAUUUUUGAGACUAGAAUCCAUAUGCUCUGUUCACGUUGGAUACAAAUAUGUCGACGCGGAGUUUACGGAGAACAUUUGGGAUUUUUAUAGUCGUUGUUAUUUUGGAUUGUUGCUGGGAAGCGGUAUUUGGACAGCUCUCUUACUCUGUAUCAGAGGAGGUAAUCCAGGGGACAUCUGUGGGAAAUCUCGCUAAAGAUCUAAACCUUAAUGUUCACGAUUUGGAAGCACGUAUGUUUCAGAUUGUAAGCGGAUCAAAUAGAAAAUAUUUCGACGUAAAUCUGAAAACUGGAGUUCUAUAUGUCAAUGAAAGAAUCGACCGCGAGGAGCUGUGUGCUAAGGCUACAAAAUGUACUGUCGAUGUAGAGGCCGUAAUCAACAAUCCACUCAAGCUUUACCGUUUGGAGGUAAAUAUAGUCGAUAUAAACGAUAAUGCGCCAUAUUUCCCUGAGAAUUUGCAGUCUCUUAACAUUGCUGAAAGUACUGUGCAAGGAGGGAAAUUUGGAUUCAUAGGGGCAUCGGAUCUCGAUGUUGGUAAGAAUAGUGUUAGUACAUACAAGAUAAGUCCAAAUGAUUAUUUUUCUUUAGAGAUUCACAAAGGGGGAGAGGCUGUGUCUGCCGAGCUUGUGCUUCAGAAAGCUUUAGACCGAGAAAAACAAGGCACUGUAAGACUUAUAGUGACAGCAGUCGACGGAGGAAAUCCACCUAAAUCAGGAACGUCUCAGAUCAUUAUCAAUGUUUUAGACAUUAAUGACAACGCUCCGGUUUUCAGCAGUUCUUUAUACAAGGCACGGAUUUCUGAGAAUUUAGCAGUAGGCAAAACUGUUAUAACUCUGAAUGCAACAGACGCAGAUGAGGGAUUAAAUGCUGAAAUCGAAUAUUCUUUGAGAAGUAGAGGUCAGGAUCAUGUUAUAGAGGUAUUUGACAUAGAUUCUAAAACAGGUGCGAUUUUAAUCAGAGGUAAGAUCGACUAUGAAGAACAUCCUGCGUUUGAGAUUCAUGCACAGGCCAGUGACAAAGGCCAGCCUCCGAUGUCGGCUCAUUGUAAGGUGCUGGUAGAAGUGGUGGACCUAAAUGACAACGCUCCUGAGAUCACUGUGACGUCACUAUUAAACACAGUGAAGGAGGACACCGAAGUUGGUACUGCUAUAGCACUUGUCUCUGUACUGGACAAAGAUGGUGGAAAAAACGGUGUAGUAAAAGCGGUCAUUCUGAAUGAGAGUCCCUUCAAAUUGGACACAAAUUAUAAAAACUAUUAUUCGUUAGUAGUUGAUGGUGCACUUGACAGAGAAACUAUGGCCGAGUACAAUGUCGUUAUCGUCGCAACUGAUGAAGGGACUCCACCUCUCUCCAGCACCAACAUAGUGACAGUUCAUGUUUCUGACGUCAAUGAUAACCCGCCUCGCUUCACAGAGCCGCUGAUUAAUGUUUAUGUGAAAGAGAACAGUCCAGUAGGAGCAGUUAUUAAAACGGUGACUGCAGUUGAUGUCGAUAUCAGUCAAAACGGUCAGGUGAGCUAUUCUUUUUUACAAAGUAACAGUAACCCAGUACCGCUAUCUACAAUAGUAAACAUCAACUCAGAAACUGGAGAUAUAGUCAGCCUGCAGUCUUUUAACUAUGAAGAGUUAAAAAUGUUUCAGUUUAAAGUUCAGGCCACAGACUCUGGUGUUCCUCCGCUCAGCAGCAACGUGACUGUGAACGUUUUAAUCCUGGAUGAAAAUGACAAUAAUCCAACAAUUCUCGCGCCCUAUUCUGAGCACGGCUCCGUUAACAGUGAGAGCAUCCCCUAUUCUGCUGAAGCGGGAUACUUUGUGGCAAAGAUCAGGGCUGUAGACGCAGACUCUGGAUACAAUGCUCUGCUUUCUUAUCACCUGUCUGAGCCCAAAGGAAACAACCUCUUCCGGAUCGGAACCAGCACCGGAGAAAUCAGGACUAAGAGGAGAAUGAGUGACAAUGACCUGAAAACUCACCCCUUGGUGGUGUUGGUUUCUGAUAACGGAGAACCCUCCCUGUCAGCUACUGUGUCUAUUGAUGUGGUGGUGGUUGAAAGCACAGCUGACAUCCAGACUCAGUUCAGACAUGUGCCCAUAAAGGAGGAGAGCUUCUCUGAUUUAAACCUGUAUCUGCUGAUCGCCAUCGUGUCGGUGUCAGUGAUCUUUCUGCUGAGUCUCAUCAGUUUAAUAGCUGUCAGAUGCCACAGGACAGACGGCAGUUUCAGCAGGUACAGCGCCCCAAUGAUCACCACCCACCCUGACGGGAGCUGGUCUUACUCUAAAUCUACUCAGCAGUAUGACGUGUGUUUCAGCUCAGACACGAUGAAGAGUGACGUAGUGGUUUUCCCCGCACCGUUUCCGCCUGUAGAUGCUGAGCUGAUCAGUAUUAACGGAGGAGACACUUUUACCAGAACUCAGACUUUACCUAACACAGACAAGGUAAGGGUACCACGCUUAUAAUGCCACAAAUUAAGA